GCCCGCGGGCCCCGGCCGAGCGCACUGCACCGAUGGCUCGUGACCCCGGCGGCCGCCGGGGCCUUCUGCUGCUGCUGCUGCUGCUCACCUAUGGCCUCGCGGCCGCCCAGGUUGACCUACUGAACUGGCUGUGGGCCCCUAGGACCGCUGGGCCCACGGUGGAACCGGCCUCCGCACCCCCGCGCAGCCCACACGUGCAGCCCACGGAGGAGACCGCGGCUCGCGUGGCCCCCCGGGAUGACCCCACGGAGCAGGGGGGAGCCCCUGCCAGCCCUGAGCCGCCCCCGGGGAGGCUGGAGACCGGCCGGGACCCGGCUUCCGCCGCACCCACUGCCUCCACGGCGGGCCCGGACACGAAGGAGGAGAACAUCGCCGGCGUCGGAGCCAAGAUCCUGAACGUGGCCCAGGGCAUCCGCAGCUUCGUCCAGCUGUGGGACGGCACCACUCCCAGCCAGAGCUCCACCGGGGCGGAGACGCCAGCCCCUGGGACCCCCACGGCCCCCCUCACCCUCCCGGGGCCCUCCGGCGUCCCGCCGGAGGACGGGACCACUCUCUGGCUGAGCAGUAGGGCCCUGACCUCUCCGGACACCCAGAGGACCGAGGCUGGCACCCUGCCAGGGCCCACCCAGCUGCCUCCCUCCCCCGGCGGGCCCCGGGCACCGCUCAGGGAGCCCUCGGUGCCGCCAUCUUCUCCAGGUAGAGCUUCUCUCUCCUCUGUGCCGGGCGGGACCCCUCCCCGGGGGACACAGCCGUCCCCGGGGCGGCCCCACGGUCUGGACGGCGGAGGACCCUCCCCCAUGGCAGCCCGUGCCCGCCGGCAGCGCCGACUCACUGACAGCCGCAGGCCCGCGCCACAUCUGCUUCCGCUGGUGACGGGUCUCCCGGGCGCCCACGCUGCCCCCUUGGCUCUGUCCUCUGACCUCCCCGCCCCGGUGUCUCCGAUCCCACUCCCCGCUGUCACCGGGGACAAGGGUGCUUGGGCUCCUCACGUGGCUAACUCUGUGGGGCUUGGUCUCGCUAAUAACUCCGCGCUGCCCGGGGCUGACCUGCCGACCCCCACCGGCCGCUGCCUGCCCCUGCCACCCUCCCUGCCGGUCUGCGGUCACCUGGGCAUCGGGCGCUCCUGGGUGCCCAACCACCUCCGGCACGCCAGCAGCGAGGAGGUGCGGGCCGCCGCGCGGGCAUGGGGGGCCCUCCUCCGGACGCACUGCCACCGCUUCCUCGCCUGGUUCUUCUGCCUGCUGCUGGCCCCGCCCUGCGGUGCUGGCCCGCUGCCCGCCCCUCCGCCCUGCCGCCAGUUCUGCGAGGCCCUGGAGGAUGCGUGCUGGAGCCACCUGGACGGGGGCGGGCUGCCGGUCACCUGUGCCUCGCUCCCGGCCCAGGAGGACGGGGUCUGCGUGUUCAUUGGGCCGGGUGCAGAGAGCCUGGGCACGGAGGUGGGGCUCCUGCAGCUGCUCGGAGAGCCGCCGCCCCAGCAGGUCGCCCAGGUGGACGACCCUGACGUCGGGCCGGCCUUCGUCUUCGGCCCGGAUGCCAACAGCGGCCAGGUGGCCCGGUACCACUUCCCCAGCCCGUUCUUCCGCGACUUCUCACUGUUCUUCCACGUCCGGCCCGCCACCGAGGGCGCGGGGGUGCUGUUCGCCAUCACGGACGCGGCCCAGGCGGUGGUCUCCGUGGGCGUGAAGCUGUCGGCCGUGCGUGACGGGCAGCAGCACAUCCAGCUCCUGUACACCGAGCCCGGCGCCACCCGCACCCGCACGGCCGCCAGCUUCCGCCUGCCCGCCUUCACCGGCCAGUGGACGCGCUUCGCACUCAGCGUGGACGGCGCGACCGUGGCGCUGUUCGUGGACUGCGAGCUGUUCCAGAGGGUGCCCUUGGUGCGCUCCCCGCGGGCCCUGGAGCUGGAGCCCGGCGCCGGCCUCUUCGUGGCCCAGGCUGGAGGAGCAGACCCCAGCAGGUUCCAGGGAAGGAUCGCGGAGCUGAGGGUGCGCGGAGACCCCCGGGUGAGCCCCCUGCAUUGUCUAGAGGAGGACGACGAGGACAGCGGUGGGGUGUCUGGAGACUUCGGGAGCGGGCUGGAGGAGAACCGGGAGCUUCUCAGGGAGCAGUCGGGUCUGUCCCCAAAGCCCAGCCUCCCCGAGGCGCCACCGGUCACUUCUCCGCCCUUGGCUGGAGGCAGGAAUGUGGAAGAUUCCAGAACUGAAGAAAUUGAGGAAGAAACCACGAUGUCUUCGUUGGGAGCUCGGACCCUCCCCGGCUCAGACACCGUCACCGCAUGGAGCCUUCGGAGCCCUGGGGGCGGCCCGGAAGAGGGUCCCGCAGGCUCUGCAGUACAGAGCCCCGAUGCACAGCCUGUACCCGGGCCACAGGGCCCCCCGGGCCCCCCAGGGCCACCAGGGAAGGAUGGUGCUCCCGGAAAGGACGGUGAGCCGGGCGAUCCUGGUGAAGACGGGAAACCUGGUGACCCUGGGCCACAGGGCUUCCCCGGGACCCCAGGAGACAUGGGCCCCAAGGGCGAGAAGGGGGACCCUGGGGUUGGGCCAAGAGGACCCCCAGGACCCCAAGGGCCUCCGGGGCCACCAGGACCCUCCUUCAGACACGACAGGCUGACCUUCAUUGACAUGGAGGGGUCCGGGUUCGGCGGUGACCUGGAGAGUCUCCGAGGCCCGAGAGGCUUCCCCGGCCCCCCGGGGCCCCCCGGCGUCCCAGGCCUGCCCGGAGAGCCAGGCCGCUUUGGGAUGAACAGCUCCGACGUCCCAGGCCCCGCAGGCCUUCCUGGAGUGCCUGGGCGGGACGGGGCCCCCGGGCUUCCUGGCGCCCCGGGACCUCCAGGUCCUCCAGGAAGAGACGGGGGACCAGGAAAGACUGGCCAGAAAGGCAGCCCCGGCGAAGCGGGCGCCCCGGGACCUAAGGGAAGCAAGGGGGACCCUGGCCCCACUGGCGCUCCUGGGGAGACUGGCUUGGCAGGAGCCCCCGGACCAGCUGGACCACCAGGGCCCCCCGGGCCCCCCGGGCCUCCAGGACCAGGACUUGCCGCGGGGUUUGAGGACAUGGACGGCUCUGGGGGACCCUUCUGGUCAACUGCUCACGGAGCCAGCGGGCCACAGGGACCACCAGGCCUGCCCGGGAUCAAGGGGGACCCUGGAAUAGCCGGACCACCGGGCGCCAAGGGAGAAGUCGGAGCCGAUGGACCUCCCGGGUUCCCCGGCCUCCCUGGCAGAGAGGGCACAGCCGGAGCCCAGGGACCCAAAGGAGAAAAAGGGACCCAGGGAGAGAAAGGUGACCCAGGGAGGGAUGGAGUGGGGCAGCCUGGCCUCCCCGGACCCCCCGGGCCCCCAGGACCCGUCGUCUACGUGUCGGAGCAGGACAGAGCGGUGGCAGGCGUGCCGGGACCCGAGGGCCGGCCGGGGUACGCGGGCUUUCCUGGACCGGCCGGGCCAAAGGGAGAUCUGGGCUCCAAAGGCCAGCGGGGCCCCCCGGGACCCAAGGGCGAGAAGGGCGAGCCGGGCCCAGUCUUCAGCCCCGAUGGCAGCACGCUAGGCCCUGCCCAGAAAGGAGCCAAGGGAGAGCCCGGCUUCCGAGGACCGCCGGGUCCAUAUGGACGGCCGGGGCACAAAGGGGAGAUUGGCUUCCCUGGGCGGCCGGGUCGCCCCGGGAUGAACGGACUGAAAGGCGAGAAAGGGGAGCCAGGACAUGCCAGCGUCGGCUUUGGUGUGAGGGGCCCACCCGGUCCCCCGGGGCCUCCAGGACCCCCAGGCCCUCCCGGGACUCCCGUCUAUGACAGCAACGUAAGUACCCCCACCCCCUCCUCACAGGCCCUAUCCACCAGCCACCCCCUGGAGGGGUCAGCCUCUCCCAGGGAGGGGACACCCCAAUUUCUGGCAGGGGGCUGGCCAGUACUCCAUUAGAAAACAAACCCCACCUGGGGAAGUGAGGGCUCUCUGCAUCUGGGAGCCUGAACCUCGAGCCGUGUGGUCC